UCUGUCGAUGGAACCAAGAUGACUGUCAGAUCUCUGUGGAGUCUGUCUUUGCUGUUACUUGGAUAUACCCAACCUAUGUGGGCAACUGACAUUUCCUGCAUAAACCAAGAUGGCAAACCGGUUGACUGGUAUAUUCUUUAUAAAUUCCCAAAGCAUAUUCAUUAUAAUGCUUCUGGAACUGGGCUUGAAUAUAUGUUUAUGGAUUCCUUGACUCCAGUCUGGAAACAGAGUGAAUAUUUCAUCAACAUGACAGAGAGUGCUCUUGGACAAACUCUACAGCAACUCUAUCAAACUUACAAAUCCAAGAAGAACAGUACAGCCUAUGUGAUCUACAAUGAUGGGCCACCUAACAAAAUGAAUUACAGUUGGACACAUGGACAUUCGAAAGGAUUUCUGCUCCUGGAUCAAUCCCAAGGUUUUUGGGUUAUUCACAGUAUCCCAGAGUUCCCUCCAUUUCCUGAGGAUGGUUAUGGAUAUCCUCCCAGUGGGAAAUAUAAUGGACAGACAGUAUUCUGCCUGUCAUUCCAACACAAUCAGUUUGCAGAAAUAGAUAAGCAACUCUUAUUCUACAACCCCAAUAUUUACAACUGCUCCAUUCCAAUGGCCUUCCAAACAGAGCUCUUCAAUCUGCAAAGAUUGUGUGUAGGGUCCAAGAUGCCUCCAGUCCCUUGGAAGCAGCGGCUCACCAAACUCCAGUCAUCCCAGGGUGAAAUGCUCUUCAGCUUUGCCAAAACACAUAGUGAUCAUGAAGACAUCUAUGCUGCUUGGAUGGCACAGACACUGCAAACAGAUUUUCUAAUAGAAUCCUGGCAGCACAAAGGACAUCGCCUCUUCUCCAAUUGUUCUCUUCCUUAUCAUGUCUACAACAUAAAACAGAUCCAAACACCUUGGAAUUCUUCCUUCUUAUCCUAUUAUGAUCAUUCAAAAUGGUGUGUUUCAUUGAAGCCUGAAGACCAAUGGACUUGCAUUGGAGACUUAAACUAUGCAGCUCAACAAGCCAAGAGAAGUGGUGGCUUUGUCUGCACUCAGAAUCAGAAUAUUUACAAAGCCUUCAGGUCAUUGGUGUUCAGCUAUUAUUGCUGCCGAACAUCAUGCACAUAUGCAUCAAACUAGUAGCAAGGCUGCCAGACUUCUAAGUCAGUCCUUUCAUUUUUAAAAAAAAAAACAAGUCUGUAGUCCUCAUUGUUUUGGAAAAACAGAAGUGUCUGAUAUGAUUUCUAGUGGACAAGAAUUUCUCCAUCUGCCAAUACUGCCCUAGCAGGUUAAACCUAUGUUGUACUUACUCUGCACCAAUUAUGGGGAACUUCAGAAGGUCUAAGGCCCCAUUUACACUGACCAUUUAAUGCAGAUCAAACGGCAUUACAUGGUUAGAGAGACUCAAAUAAUGCAGCAUUAUAUAAGUUUGACUAUAUAAUACAGUUUGAUCUGCAUUAAAUGUACAGUGUCGAUGGGGCCUCGAGCUGGAUCUAUACCGGCCAUAUAAUGUAGUUUCAAACUCCAUUAUUUGGCAGUGUUGAUUGGGUUACAAAUUGUCAAUAAUGCCAAAAGAAAGUACAAAUAAAAUAAAAGUGAUCAAAACUCC